CUUUAAAAACUGACAAUUUAUUCUUGAAAACAGCUGAUAGAUAUUGUCUAAUUUGUGUGUUGCAUUGUUUUGUUUCAAUUAUUAAUUAAUUAAAAAUAAUCUCAAAAUGGAAUCACAAUUUUCUUUGGAUAAAUUAAAAGUUAACCAACAAAUGGCUUUAGAAAUGGCCAAAGUCAAGUUAGCUUCAUAUGACACGAUAAUCAAUGAAUAUGAGACUUUAAAAAGUAACAUGGAAAUGUUGGUGAAAAAGCUUUGUCAUCCAGUCAUGGCGCCUAUUUGUCAUAAUAUGAGGAGGGAAGAUGCGCCCAUUGCUUUUAUGCCAGGUUAUCUUGAUCAUACUAACCAAGUGAUGGUUUCUUUGGGUGAUAAUUGGUUUGUUGAUAGAUCAGUUUCUCAAGCAGUUGAAAUUGCUGAUCGAAGGAUUCAAUAUUGUCAAGAUAGAAAGAAAGAGAUUGAAAAGGAAAUAGAAGCUAUACAAAAUUGGCUCAAAUUCACCAAUGAACUAACUGAAGAGAAGAAAGAUUUAGUGGAAAUAAUGGAAGAUUAUGAUGAAGAGGCCGAAAAAAAGUGGAGGGAAGAACAUAGAAGAAAAGUCAGAUUAAUGAAGGAGCGCGAAAAAUCGGAGAGACAGCGAAAUGUUUAAUCAAGACAUGUUGCUGUGUUGUAAAUAUUUUAUAUUUUUUCAUGUAAUUGUUGAUAAUUUUUAAAUAAGAAGAAACAUUGAAAAUCCAU